UAUUAUUGGAGAAAUAAGAUAGGUUGUCUCUUCAAGAGCUAGCUCCCGAAGGAGUUAACUUCACGGAGUUCUCAGGUGAUAUUCAAGUUGGAAAAAUUCACUUAUAAGGUAACACUGGUGUUUUGCAGAAGAAGAGGCUUAUUUGAUUGGGAAGGCUUUACCUAGGAGAGACCCCGAGAGAGUCUGUGUCUGGGCUGUGAGCAGAGCUACCUUGUGAGUUCUCCUCCAAGAGAAGCAGUAUGUCUGGUGAACCCCCUCCUCCCUACCCGGGGGCACCUAGUGCCCCUCUAAUUGAGGAGAAGAAUGGACAACCUCCAGUCUCUGCAGGCCCAACUAUGGCAACCAGCGGGCCCCCACACGGACAUACCAUGCCCCCAGAAUAUGGGCCUCCACCAUACGAGGCCACUAUGCAGCCAGGCUUUGUUCCCCCACAUGUCCCGGGUGAGGGCCCCAUGCCCAUGCCUCAUCCCCAGGGUGGUUUCUACCCUCCUCCUGGUCACUACCCCCAUCCAAUGCCGGGUCACUUUGGCCCGACUCCAGGCCAUACGGCCACAGUGAUCGCCCCACCGGGGGCUGCCACCACAGUGACGGUGCUGCAGGGGGAGAUGUUCCAGUCAGCGCCCGUGCAGACAGUGUGCCCCCACUGCCAGCAGGCUAUCAUCACCCGCAUAAGCCAUGAUGUAGGCCUCAUGAACACCCUCUUCUGCCUCUUCUGCUUCUUCGUGGGUUGUGAUCUAGGCUGCUGCUUAAUCCCAUGUCUGAUUGAUGACCUCAAGGAUGUGACACAUACCUGUCCCAACUGCAAGGGCUACAUUUACACAUACAAACGCAUAUGCUAACGACAUCCCUCCUCCCCAUACUGCUCUGUUCCUCCCCUCCCUGCCCAUAGUGGCUGCACUAACAUCGUGGUUCACUCUCGUCUGUUUUGCAGCACUCUCUUCACUUUCUUUCCCCACUCCACGUGCUGUGCUUCAUUUACCCCCCUGCCAGUUGUCCAGUUUGUUUUUCCCAGGCUCCCACACACUAAUCACUGUAUAUAACUACACAAAGAGACCUGGGUUUAGUUGGCAAUGCUACAAAAUUCAAUAAAAAAAGAACAGUCUAAAUCUUCACUGAAGAAGGGGCGAUGAGUCAGGACUUUUUUUAUGCACAUGCAAACAGUACUGAGCUGUGAAAGUAGCGUGAAGAUUUUUGUAUUGGUUGAGCAUGUUUUAGUGGCAAAUGGCCAUGUCGAGGGAGGCUAUGAAAAUAGUCAAUUUUUCAAUCUUGUAUGGAAACUGUACGUAGCAUAACUGAAGGAUCAAGUACAUUUCAGGGUCAGUGUUAUUUUUAAUGUAACUUUCAGAUAUUAUUUAUGUCAUUAUUUUAAGAUAUUAACAUGAGAGCCUGUAAUAGUGCCGUCUGUGAAGGCGAAAACGACCACGGUCGAGCUAUCUAAGAUGUUCAUUCUACAUGUGAAGACUAUCGCUUGUGUAUCCAAUUUCUCCUGCUCAUGUUACAGCCAGAAAGAUAUUUUUAGUUUGCCAGUUUGAGGUUAUUUGGAUUCAAAAGAUUUAAUAUGCUCAUUAAUGGUUAUGAAACACACUCUUGUAUAGACUUGUGCAAUUUUACAUGCAGAAAUUCUUAAGCUGACAGCAAAUGUAAUGCAAAUGUCCAAAUUAAUUUGCUCUUUGUAAUAAAGAAAUAUUAGAUGGGUUCUGCACAAAGUUCAUGUAUCAGUGCUGCACUGUCUUAUCAUUUGUGGUAUGCUCGUGGUGCACUUAUUGGAAUAUUUGCUGUUCUGUUAAACUGUGAAUCACACAAAUGGCUCUAAUGCUCUUCAGCCAUUAUCCUUAAUCAUUCUUCUAUGCUGUUUGUGAGUUGUCAGGCUCUUAUUGUUGGGGCUUCAUAUCUCCGUACCAUUUAUUAAUGUCAAAAUGUAGACCCAAGAGUCAGCUAAGCAAGCAUAAAUAAAAAAAAUCUCACAAAAACCACCACCUUUAUAGUCCAUUGCAGGCUCUUGUGUAUGUUUGAAUAAUUGCCUCCCAUCUGGACCAAUAGGGGGAAACAGCAUGUUCAUAGGAAGCAGUCUAUUGUUUAGCCUAGAGUGAUAGUAGUAGCUUGUACUUUGUGGGAAAAGGGGGCCCACUGUCAGUGGCAGCACAGAGAAAAGCUGCUUGCCCAGAGAACUCUAUCAAAGUGCAAGGAGUCACUAUGCAUGAUAUCGCUGUAAUCCCGAGCAGCACUCGCUGUCCUGUCCUGUCUGAAUUGGGAGCUCAGUGUUGGUCUCUCUGCUGCUCACUGCACUGGGCCUCCAAAACCCAAAGCAGAUUAACCAUUCACUUACUCAUGUCUACUGUUGGGAUUUAAAGACAGGGAGGACUGUUUUUCUCCACAAUCUCUGGAAAAUAAAUCUCCUAAGACCCACCUACUCUGUAGUAAUAAUAAUUAGUGUGGUAGUGAGAUCAACUUUCUUAAUUCUUAAUCAAUCUAACUCCUGCUUAAAACUCUUGGGGUAUGUUAUCCAGCACUGAAAUACUGCGACAGAUGUAUCAGUGGUUUUCACCAGUGUGUUUUCCCCUCCUGUAUGCUUGAUUGACUGUUAAUUAUAUGGACUAUUUAAAAAUUAAGUUCUGUUUAGCUGUGGUUAAAAAAAAAAAAGUUUUUUAUGCAAGAAAAGAGAUACAUCAGGUUUGAAGCUUUAUUCCCUUCCUAGAAAUUAUCCAAUGUCAUGCAUUCUGCAUGUAAUGUGCCACAACAGAAUCAUAACAUGUUAGUUCAGAAGGGAAUUUGGAUCAAAUGUUGUUUUACAGUCUGUUUUAUCUGUUGUAUCACCACUAAACCAUAUUUUAUUCUUCCAAGACACAUCUCAACACAUUUAGAUACCAGCAUGAACAUACACAUGAAAAUCACAUGGAUGCCUCUCUGUGACGAAAACAAUCUAAUGCAAAAACAGUAUGCAUGCUCCUCUGAAUUUGAGAACUUGCACAAUCUGAGCUGACACCCUUUAAUCCAACAUGCUUUUGAACGCUGUAGGCCUACAGUGCUUUGUUAAGUGGCUUGAUGCUGUGGAAGACAGAUUAGAUGUAAAGCUUGUGUUACUGGAAUGCAUCAAUUUUAGAUAAGUGACUACAGGUAGUUUGUGGCAUAGUACAUGUUGCCAUUCUAAACUGGAACUGAAUAUGUAAUGUAUGUAAAGCGGAAUAAUCUGACUGUAUAUUAUUUUAAGAAUAAUAAUAAAAAAUACAAUAGUCUGA